AUGGACUACUCCAAGCUGCGCUCCCAGUUGAAGCAGGAUAGUGCACAGCGCUGGUCCGAGGCGCAGGAGAAGGUGCUGAGAGAACCGUACGAGUACAUCUGCAACAUCCCAGGGAAGGAGGUGCGGAGCCGGUUGAUUGAGGCUUUCAAUCUCUGGAUGGGGAUUGAGGAGAAGGACCUGGAUACGAUACGAAGGGUCGUCACGAUGCUGCACAACGCGAGCUUGCUAAUGGACGACGUGGAGGACGACUCGGAGCUACGUCGCGGCGUGCCAGUAGCGCACGCGAUUUAUGGCGUACCGCAGACGAUCAAUACGGCCAACUAUGUCUACUUCCUCGCGUUCCAGGAGCUGCUGAAGCUGCGCGACGAGAACGGCACCGACGACGGCGGACACGAUCUCGCAAGCAUGGUCACGGACGAGAUGCUCAGCCUGCAUCGCGGACAGGGCAUGGAGCUCUUCUGGCGCGACUCGCUCACGUGUCCGACCGAGGAGGAGUACGUCCAGAUGGUGCUUGGGAAAACCGGAGGACUCUUUCGAAUUGCCGUCAAGCUCAUGAUGGCCAAGUCGAAGAAGCCGAGAGUCGACUAUAUCCCCCUCGCUGAUCUCAUCUCGGUCUUCUUCCAGAUCCGCGACGACUACAUGAACCUUCAGAGUGAUCAGUAUGCGGACCGCAAGGGCUUCUGCGAGGACUUGACCGAGGGCAAGUUCUCCUUCCCCAUCGUCCACGGCGUGCGGGCGGACACGUCGAACCGACAAAUCCUGAACGUCCUCCAGAAGAAGACCCACUCCGACUCCCUGAAACGACACACGGUCGAGUACCUCAAGAACACGACCAAGAGCUUCGCGUACACGCGCCAGGUGCUUGAUGAGCUGAAGCAGCAGAUCGAGCUGGAGCUGAAGGAGCUUGGAGGGAAUAAGGGGCUGGAUGCCAUCAUGGCCAAACUGUCAUAUCCGGAGAGCGACUGA